AUGUCGGACAGUACAGAAGACUUAGUGAAAGAAUAUAAAGAGAACGUUAGCAGAGAAGAACACCCGCGAAGCAUUGGGUUGUUUACGAUCCCAGAGUACCCUGAGCUGGAGGUGGACCGCGGCAUGUGGUCAUCGGCCUUAGAUGCUAUCUUGACGACGCUGCGGUACCUCGCGCCGGCUACUCUUCUAACUCUCUUCUGGGGUCAGCAGAGCUUUCUCUUUAGGAUACUGAAGCAUAUCGAUUCGGCAUUAAGAUCUAUCGUAUUCUCGAGCGAGGAACAGAAGCAAGCGUCGUUGCAAUGGCUGGCGGAAGCAGGCCCUGUGAAAGUGGAGCACCUGGACACGGUUUGGCGGCACGGCUGGGUGCUGUGCGGCGCGAUCGACGCCGCGCUGCCCGGCGCGUGCGCCGGCCACCCGCCCACCACGCUCUCCCUCAAGCACGCCCAGACCAUCGCUGACCACUACCUUGGUGUAGAACCAGUCUUCUCCCAUCAAGAGCUUGAAUCAAAUGACUCGUUAAGCAGACACCAAGAGUGGAAACUUGCUGCGUAUUUGGAUCGAAUCCGUCAGGCUUUAUCGAAGAUAACUCCUCCCGUUUCUAAACCAGUUCCACAGAGAACCUCCCCAGAAACCAAUCAAUUCAUUCUUGAUUACGCUGCUAAGGGCUCUGGACUUUCAGCUGUUCAAAUAAAUAAUAAAGCACAUUUUAAGAUUUAUCCUACUGCACAACAAUGUUUAGACCCUGGAGAUGUUACCAUAUUAAUCAGAGGACCAAAGGAUACGUAUGGCAUGACAGUAUUGCCGCCAAUUUUUGGUAAAGCACAGUUGAUCCGCCACAAACUCCUAGGUUUACAUUUAAAACAAAGCUAUACAGAAAAUGUUUUACCAAUAACACAAGGUGCCACUUAUCUGCGAAAUUUUGGAAAGAAUGAUAUGAAUAAAACAUACUAUAUACCUAAAUCACAGUAUGAUAUUGAAAUAGACGUGGAUAGAAAAUCAGAUCACGCAAAAAUAAGUUAUACGGUAAAACUUGAAGGAAAUUAUCUAGUGUCAAUUACGAGUAGAGGUCACAGUAUACUGGGAUCGCCAUUUUCUGUAACAGCUUCAAAUAACAUAAUCCAGGUUUUGGAAAAAGAUAGUUUUUAUUUAGAAGACGGAGAAGAAAUUGAUAUUGUCGAUGUUCAUACUGAUAGGAAAGUAGUACUUAGAAUUGUCGAUUUUGUCACUGAGAAAAUGUUACUAAACGAAAACGGAACUUUGGAAAAGAUUAGCGACGACGAAGCUAAACGUUUAAUGAUGAUCGAUAAAGGUAAAGGGAUCCAAAAUUUUGAAAGGGACCUUGGUGAUGAAACGCUCAAUACUAAAUGUGAAAAGUCACCAAAACAUCAGAGAUUUAAAAAAGCUUCUUAUAAAAUCCUUAUCUUGGGGAAAGUAUGUAAAGUAUUCAAUAAUCUCAUUAAAGAAAAACAAAUGAAUAUAAGAAACGAAAGAAUAGAAACCGCCACUUUUCCAAGAACUCAACAAGAUAUUCCUGAUAUUGUUAAUUCAACUUUAACGGAAACAAACGCUUGCCCAUACGUAAUGCCCGGGAGCCAAGAAAAAAUUAUUGUGCCGCAAAGUUUGUCAGUUUCUCUAAAAGCAGAAGUAUCCAAAUCUUGUUACGCCGAUAUGGUAGAGAAUGCAAGUGAUGAUGGCAAUAUAUUAGUAGACAAUCCAGUGGAAAUGAGUAGAGUUAAUACACCAGAUAGCAUAGAAAUAAAAAAUGCUGCGCCUGACCAACUCGAUGACAAUAUUUCUGAUCGUGGCGUGCCACUAAUUACUGCAAACAACCCGUUUUUAAGUGAAAUGUUUGAAGAAAAUUAUGUGGCGGCAAACAAUUUUGGUACAUUUGUAGCUUCCGAAUAUGAAACUAAUAAUUCCCAAAACGAAGAAACUCGAGACAGCUCAAUUACAAUUAUAAUAGAUUCUAACGUAACUCAGUCACCAGUUAAGGCUGUAUCACCAUCACCAGUCAAUAAUAAUCCUUUUAUAGAGUCGAAUAUGCUAGAUUUUGAAAGGCCAAAGACACCAGUUUUCAAAAUAAUAAGUGGCGAAAAAGUAAAUCGAGAUGAGUCUGUUUUUAUAGAUCCAAAAGUUGAAUUAAUUCCUGAGGAAGAACUCGGCAAUGAAUUUGUUAAUCCCUUCUUUAUGAACCAAUUCGAAAGUAGACAUUUUGAUCAUGCACCUACGGCUGAUUUCAUCAUAGGUGCACCUGUCUCUUUGCCACCUAUAAUUAGGGCUGCUUCUCCAGAGCCUGAAAUGAAAGCCUUAAUAAUGACAGAGUCAGAUAAUGAAAAUACAGUAAGUCGCGAAAGCAGCAAAAAAUAUCCUAAGCACGAAUCAGUAUAUUUAACCCCUUUGCAUAACAACCCGACCACACCUACAGAUAAUAAGAAAGGUAACUCUGUUAUAUCAUCCACUUUUCAUAGUUUAGACUUCAGUUUAUCAGAAACUAUAGACAAUUCUAAUGCAUCAACUACGAGCGACAGUCAAUUCGAACCUGAUCAAAGUGAUUCUGACAGAAAUAUAACACCUAGGAAAGAUAUUUGGGAUUCGGCAUAUGUAAGUAUUGAUGAUACCAAUAGUUCUCCAGAUAAUAACAAUAACGAAAAUACAAUCCUAUAUGAAACAUUUGGUAAACAGAAAUUUCCGAAUAGUGACGAGAUUAUAGAGUUGAAACAGGAGGAAAUACCAAAUAUGGGCCCAGCUGAAAGAGAAAUUUGGCAAACGUGUAAUGAUUUAAAAUGUGAUUUAAGUAAAGUACAGGAAGAUGUGCGACAGUAUAAGUGGGAAAUAAAGCGGCCAACGUGUACACCUAUCAUUGAAGAAAGCGAUCGAAACAUAUCAUCAGGAAGUAAAGAUGUAUCCAAAUAUGAAAUAACAACGAAACCAAGAGAAACUGAUACUGUUUCAGUGGCAUUUGCUGAACUAAAUGAUAUGUACCAGGAGUACUUUCCUAAUUCCGAAACAAUAAAUUCUCCCGUUACUGAUGAAGAUAAUAAGCUUCAUAGUAUGGAAGUUGAAUAUAUAACACAAACCAAAGACAUCAGUGUCAAUUCUGCGUCUGAAAUAUUAGAUGUGAAAAGACACAAUGAAGAAAUAGAAGGAACGAUUUCUGAGGUUCAGGCAAAUGCUACUGAAUCUGUUUCAGUAAGUCAGACCCUUCAUAAUGACCACUUGAAGUACGAAAACAAAAAUAAAAUUGAAACACAAUUUGGAGAAAACCACUGCAAUAGCAUAGUUCUCGAAAAGAAGAAAUAUUGGGAUGAGAGAAUUAGGGAAAUUGAAGCUAAAUCACAAAUAUCUACAAUAAUUCCCAAGAAACGACGUAAUUCUUCUAAACAAUUAAAACAUGAUUCACUAAGUAAGCGGAAGGGCAAACAGAUGGUUAAAAAUUUCUUAAGCACCGGUGACUAUAGUCAAGUAAAAGAUGUCAAUCAAGAAAUGGAUAAAUCGCCGUCAUACAAAAGACUAGAACUUGAAGACAGUCAAAAUGAUAGAAAGGAUUCCGUGAAUAGUGAUAUAACAAUAGUUAAAAAGUGGAAGAAAUUUUGGGAUGAAAAAUUAGAAAGUGAUCAAAUCCAGGCUGAGGCAGAAGCGCUCAAGAUAAAAUCUCCAAAAAAGAAUGUGCCAUCCCAAAUUUUAAUGAGCAAUCAGAUAGAAAAUCAAACAAUAGCCAAAGUCAAAAUCCAUGACACUAAAGAUUAUAAUGAAGAUAAUAAAAAAAUUGCUAAUAAACAAGAACUACCGGAAGAAAUCUUUAAAGCCUUUGAAACUAGUCCUAAGAGAUUUUUCGGUACAUCGAGAAAGCAAAUAAUGAAUAAAAUUGAUACAUUUUUGGGUAAACCAACAGAGAUCAAUUCUUCAACUACGGAUAUCGCCAUGUGUCAUGAGAGUGGUUUAGUAUCUAGUCGCAUAUCUUUAUUUCACAACAUAUCUAAUACUGAAGAAUUACCGUGGUCUAGGAAAAAAUGUCAAUCAUUACAAAAUAUAUCUCAAAGAAGGGAGGGUGAGAAAAAAAUGACUUUCAUGGACUAUAGUCAGAGUGUAGAGGAAACCGAAGUGUAUGAAAGAAAAGAUUUACCAAACAAAUAUCCGGCGGUAAAUGAUACAAAAACAGAAGCAAUCAAUACAAAUGUUACUGAAGCCACCGAUUUAAAAACAAAAAGGUCAAAAAUGAUGCAAAAUGCAUAUCAUAAGACGUUAGAUGAAACGAUAUGCGAAAAACCAUUGCAGCAAAUAAACAGACAGAUUCAAAAAGAAUAUGUUAAAAGAACUAACAAAGAUGGAAUUUUAAGAGAUCAAUCCACAAUGCCAAAGCUUGACAUUCUGCAAAAGAAAUCAUUUAGCAAAUCAGAAAUGGACAUUUUCAAUAAGGUUGCAACUGAUACAGGAGAUGCUUUAGAUAAAUACAAAUCAUAUGAUGAAUUACCUAAGAUAAAUGUGAAAAGCUUUAUAUCACUUUAUGAAAAUGUCUCCAAAACUACUGAAAAGCCAAAACCAGCAAAACGGGUUUUCAGAACAAGCUCCGCAGAUUCACAGAAAACGCAAUCCGACAGCACUUCAAGCACAACUUCAAAUGCUGUAUCUAUGUACACAUUCUCAGCCGAGCAAGUAAGUAUAUCAAACAAUGAAUCGAAAUAUACAACUCCUCGAGUAACUCCAACAAAUCUGUGGAAAAGUAAAACUUCAGAAACAGUUAGCAAUCUUAGCUUAGAUACUAAAACGUCUGACUCCUAUGAUGUCGAAAACUUUACGAAAGAUAAUAAAGAAACAACGUAUUUGAGCCUCUCUGAUAUCGAACUAGAAAUUAUAGAAAGCGGUCCAGAUAAGCUGUCUAUCGAAUCGACUCCCGAGAAAAAAGUAGAGCACAUAGAAUACAAAAACCGAUUCAAAUUGGCAAAGAAAUUUUUUCAAUCUUUGGAAGAGCUUACUGAUGUUAAAAAGCCUCGAAAAUUAAACGAAUGCGAAUUACUCCUGCGUAAAGAAUCAACAGAAUCUCUCGAAGAAGAACAAACAAAUAAACGGCCUCAGAAAAGAGUGAAAAAAAAUAUCAAAUCUCAUUCAUUGCCGUCAUCCGAAAUAGCAAAAGGAUGGAACCAACUAAAGGAAAAUCAAAUAAGAUGUGCUAGUGAAGAGAGAUCAAACACGAGACUCGUAAAGAUUUCAGAGAAAUUCAAUGUGGAUGACUUGUUCACUGACGUCACCGAAGGUAAACUGAGUCGACAAGGUAGUUUGCGAGGUAUACCACAUAAGAAAGCAGUUCUGGAAGCGUUCAGGUCGAUGGAAAAUAUCGCUGACACCACACUGAGCAGUUUUGAACUUUUGGACUCGCAAUUUAUAGACUUUGCAGGUGAACACAUAAUGAAUAAUGCACAGACUUACUUGAAAGACUACCCGUACUUACCAACGACUGACCCAUCGAAGUAUCAUUCAAGGGUAGACGUCAAAGCUUCGGGUUUGAUCUCGUUAAAAGAGUUGAAAGAGAAAAUGCCGAGAAGAAAUAGUGUUCCCGAUUUAAGAUUAAAUCCUAGCUUUACAGCGAACCUCUAG